AUGGUGCCUAAUGUGGUUCAAAAAGGGGAAGUGAUAGCCAUAGAUGGGGAGUGGUGGAACAGUGAUCCCAUCAAAGUCGAAGCUGAAGCAAAACUCAGUGGAGGUGCACCGAAUGUUUCAGACGCUUUCACUAUAAAUGGACAGCCAGGAGGCUCCUAUAACUGCUCAAAAUCAGGAACAACAAAUUUCUCUGUAGAGCAGGGAAAAAACUAUCUCCUUCGUAUCGUCAAUGCUGCAGUCAAUAAUCACCUCUUUUUCAAGGUAGCAUCACACAAUCUCACAGUGGUAGCCGUGGAUGCCUCCUACACAAAGCCAUACACAACAGACAUUCUGGUUUUAUCAUCUGGCCAGACUGCAGACGUUCUUCUCACAGCCAAUCAAGCGGAAGCCAAAUACUAUAUGACCGCCAGUGUAUACACUACUCAAGGAUUUUAUGACAAAACCAAUACAACCGCCAUUCUAAACUACGUGGGCUCUAAUUCAUCUGCCACUCCAAUUGGUCUAAACAUUCCAGAAUUCAACGACACUGCAACUUUAGUCAAGCCUUGCGAAGCCUGGCUUCGGAGGAGCAUCCAGUGGACAUAUGGCCAUUCUUCAAGCUUAUUACUUCAACAUAUCAGAUGUCUAUACCACCGACUUUCCUUCACAUCCCCAGUUGAGUUUAAUUAUACAGGCGAUGUACCCAAUACUCUGUGGGCGCCAAUUUGUGGCACAAAAGUGAAAGUGAUUGAAUAUAAUGCCACAGUUCAGGUGGUGUUCCAGGGAACCAAUAUCUUCCAAUCAGACAAUCAUCCAAUGCAUAUUCAUGGUUAUGACUUUUAUAUUGUAGGAGAGGGAUUUGGUAAUUAUAAUGAAAGUGAUCAUAACCCUUUCAAUCUAGUCUAUCCACCUCUACGAAAUACUGUAGGGGUUCCUGUCAAUGGAUGGGUUGCUAUCAGAUUCAAAGCUGACAGUCCAGAAUUUUCUUGCAGUAUUCAAAAGUUUUAUAAAUUUGUCAAAUUUGAUGAUGUGGCUACCACUUUGGAUGUCAGUAAGGGCGUUUUGGCAGAAAGGGUUCCAGUCGGAAGGGACAUUGGAGGCUAA